ACCUGGUGCCGCGGGACGUGGUGGCCGCGUGGCUGAAGUAUCUCCGCGCCGAGUUCCCCACCGUGGCCUUCAAGGCGUCCACGCAGCAGCAGAGCCGCAACCUGAAGCAGAGCCGGGUCCCGGUGACAGCAGCCCCGGAGGAGGUGUUGGCCGGCAGUGGUUGUGUGGGAGCCGACUGUUUGCUGCGGGUGUUGGCCAACUACAGCCGCUCACAGGAGGUGAAGACGGCCAUCACUGUGGGCGUCGUGGGGUACCCUAAUGUGGGUAAGAGCAGCCUCAUCAACAGCCUCAAGCGGAGCCGGGUGUGCGUGGUCGGGGCAGUGCCAGGGGUCACCAGAUGCCUGCAGACGGUGCAGCUGGACCGCCACAUCCAGCUCUUGGAUUGCCCCGGCGUCGUCAUGGAGACGGGAGCCCCCACCGCCGCUGCCCCACUCCGGGGGGCUCUGGCCCCACAGCGCCUGCGGGACCCCCUGGGCCCUGCUGCUGCCAUCCUGCGGCGCUGCCCCCCCGAGCAGAAAAAAUCGCCACCAAGCUCUCGGAGACGAUGAUGGCAGCCAUGCAGUUCUGAGGACAGAGAUUUAUUAUUUUUGUAUGAAAUGGUUAAAAAGCAGCUUCGGCAAUAAAAAUACACGUGGAGUCGG